CACGGGUUGGUCACCAUCGAUCAAACGAGUAUAUGUACGGUACACAUUGCACAUACACGUACAUGUACAGUGUACGUAUAAUGGCAUUCGAAUAAGGGGAAUUACGUAUUUAACUUAUAAAAGUCCUCAAACUAUAAUGCGAGGGAAAGAAAUUGAAGCGAUUGACUGACUGAUGCAAGUUGUUGUUGUUGCCAUAAUGUGAGCGUCCGCAAAUACUUCACCGUUUGUCUUUCAGUUUCUGAUCUGGUUUUUUUCCCCCGGGGAGCAGUAAUUGAACAGAGACUACAGGUCAAGCCUCCCUUUCUGCCUCUACAAUAUUUGUAACCAGAAAGAUAGGAAGUGAUCUGCCUUAAACCUGCCCGUCUGCCAAAGCUGUCGACACAAACACACACACACAGACUCGCUAUGGCUGACUCAGUGCCAACGCUGUCCCAGCUGGUUGUCACAAUCCGCUCAGCUGAGCUGCGUGACACCAGCAACAGUUUCUUCAGCAAGGGUGAUCCUUACGUGGAGAUGACGGUGGACGGUCAGCCCCCGCGCAAGACAGAGGUGGUGAAAAAAACAUGGAACCCGUCGUGGGACGAACACUUCACUGUACUGGUGAAGCCCAACACAAAACUAGAAUUCAAAGUAUUCAACCAUUUCUCUAUCAAGAGCGACGUCUCCCUGGGCUCGGCAAAGCUGGAGCUUCUACCCCUGCUGUCGAAAAACAACGGGCAGUUUGAAAGCCUUAAGCACACCGUGGACCUGCAGCCCUCGGCUAAGGCCAACUCCCAGCGGAAGGGCAAGCUCCACCUCGUGCUGGACGGCCUGAAAUUCAGCGCCGAGACUAUGGCCCGACUGGGCUGUCCCAUACAGAACGGACUGCCUCCAAGCCAACCCAACGGAGACAUACCACCACCGCGCAGCAGCAACAGCCAAAACGGUCCUUCCAACAGCAGCAGCAGCACACGGAGGCACAGCACCGGCCACCCCUCCCCGGGCGACAUCGCCUCGCAGGCUGCGGCUGUGGUCGUAGCCUCCUCUGCCAGCACAGGUAACAUCUCAGGGCCUGUAGCCAACAGCAACGCUGCUCCAGCUACCACGGGGACGGCUACAGAAACCGGUGCCUCCUCGUCAUCAACAACAACAGCAGCAGCGGCGGCGGCAGCAACACAGGCCGUAAGGCGGCGACCUCCCCCUCCACCCCCAGCAGCUGGGUCUAGACCUCCUGGCAGACCAGAGCGGGGAAACCAAGUCUCCCAGGGCAACAGCACAUCACGGCAGACACCAGCGGCUGGAGGAGCCCGUGCCACACCCCCCGGCAACCAACCAGCCCAGAUGCCCCCACCCACAGGUCUACCCCCAGCCGGAGCUGCUCAUAAUGACAUCAAUAGCCAGCCACUCCCUGCAGGUUGGGAGAUGAGGCUGGACCAGCAUGGCAGGCCGUACUACGUGGACCACAACACACAGACAACAACAUGGGAGAGACCACAGCCCCUACCACAGGGGUGGGAGCGACGGAGAGAUCCCCAGGGCAGGAUCUACUACGUGGACCACAACACACGCACCACAACCUGGCAGCGGCCCACCGUGGACUCACUACGCACAUUCCAGCAGUGGCAGCGCCAGCAUAACCACCUGCAGAACACCACUAUGCAACAACUGCAACAGAGGCUGUUCCUACCGUCGGGAAGCGGUGUGGAGCCCAAUGACCCUCUAGGCCCUCUACCUGUUGGAUGGGAAAAGAGAACCGACCAGCAUAACCGAGUCUAUUUUGUGAAUCAUGAAAACAAGACCACGCAGUGGGAGGAUCCGAGAACGCAAGGUGCCAACAUGCAGGAAGACCCCCUACCAGACAACUGGGAGAUCCGAUACACCAAGGAGGGUGUCAGGUACUUUGUUGAUCACACCAACAAGACAACGACCUUCAAUGACCCACGACCAAAUGCAGCCAAAGGACCCAAGGGGGCGUACGGCGUGCCCGUGGCCUACGAACGCAGCUUCCGGUGGAAACUGGGCCAGUUCCGCUACCUGUGCCAAAUCAACGCCUUGCCCAGCCAUGUCAAGAUAAACGUCUCCAGAAACACACUCUUUGAAGACUCUUUCCAUCAAAUAAUGAGGCAUCAGGCAUUUGAUCUUCGGAGGAGGCUGUUUAUUAUAUUCAGAGGAGAGGAAGGUCUAGACUACGGAGGAGUAGCAAGGGAAUGGUUCUUCAUGUUAUCCCACGAGGUUCUCAACCCCAUGUACUGCCUGUUUGAGUACGCCAACAAGAGCAACUACUCGCUACAGAUUAAUCCGGCCUCCUCGGUCAACCCCGACCAUCUGGCUUACUUCCGCUUUGUCGGCAGGUUCAUUGCAAUGGCAUUGUACCAUGGCAAGUUCAUCUACAGCGGCUUCACCAUGCCCUUCUACAAGCGCAUGCUCAACCGGCAGCUGACCCUGAAGGAUCUCGAGAGCAUCGACCCCGAGUUCUACAACUCGCUGUGCUGGCUCAAGGAGAAUGAGAUUGAUGAGUGUGAUCUAGGUAUCACCUUCAAUGCUGACUUUGAGGUUCUGGGCAAGCUGGAGACGGUAGAACUCAAGGAGAACGGAAGCAACAUUAUGGUCACCGAUGAAAACAAAGAAGAAUACAUCAAUCUGAUGACGGAGUGGCGAUUCACGCGAGGCAUCGGGGAACAGACUAAAUCGUUCCUGGAUGGGUUCAACGAGGUAGUGCCCCUGCAGUGGCUGCAGUAUUUUGACGAGAGGGAACUGGAGUUGAUGCUAUGUGGCAUGCAGGAGUUUGACGUGGAGGACUGGUACCGCAACACCAUCUACCGCCACUACACGCGGGAGAGCAAACAGGUGCAGUGGUUCUGGCGCGCCGUGCGGGAGAUGGACAACGAGAAGCGGGCCCGGCUGCUGCAGUUUGUCACCGGCACUUGCCGUCUGCCGGUCGGUGGGUUUGCUGAGCUCAUGGGGAGUAACGGCCCGCAGAAGUUCUGUCUGGAGAAAGUCGGCAAGGAGACUUGGCUUCCUCGCAGCCACACAUGCUUCAACCGGCUGGAUCUGCCACCGUACAAGAGCUACGAACAACUCCUAGAGAAGCUUCAGUUUGCCAUCGAAGAAACAGAAGGAUUUGGCCAAGAAUAAGUGCCCUCCCUACCAUGCACCUUCUCCAAUCAGGUCGUCAAUAUGUAACGAUAGAUAGAGACACUGAUGUCAAGCAGAAUUGACAGGUCACGUUCACAUUGGUUGUCACCUGACGGACCUGUGACCCCUCCCCUUUCUUUUCAGAUUCGAUAUUACUUACUGUCUCUAGUCGUUUUGAUUUCGGUGAUGUCAAAUGAAUUUUCACGUUUUCAGCACGAGACUUGUGAAGACGUUAAACGCUCAGUAACUUUUUAUGAUAUCAUAUUUCCCUCUUAAGUCUGCGAAACAUAGACCAAAAGAUGAUUUCUUUCCAAUUUAGGAAUUUUUAGCUCAGCCUACGUUCAUGCUAAACACAAAGUUUUCUGUGAGCAGAGCCUCUGUUGAUUUCUGAGAGACCAGGGAAAUGAAUGAGCGAAACAAGGAACGUGCCAGUAUCACAGUUAAGAUUGGCUUGAUGUAACAAUGGAAAAUGCACAUGUAUGAGAAAGCAUUAGCCUUCCUAGACCAUAAGAUACGAUUAAAGCUAACACAAUGUUUUUCUGCUGUAAUUGGCUUAAUUUUUUCUCUGCCAACCGUUAAGUUGCACAACGAGAGUGGCUUUUUUUUGUGUGCUCUCUCCUCUAUCAAGAAGUUUCUCUUGCAGCUUUAAUGCGAGAUUUGUGUCACCUGUCAUAGUCCCAAAACAAUUGGGAGCAGUCUGUGUCUUUGCAGGCUGUGACAUUAAUUUGUCGUAGUGGAUUGUUGAAUGUAGUCAAUAGUGCACCUUUUACUGUCACCGAUGUCUCGUUUGGAAAUCUUUGUUCUUUCUGUGAGACCCACUCUAAGAUUCAUUUUGUGAGCACCCACACUUGUGAAUGGAAUCUGCCAAUGGCUCUUUAACCUAGUUGGGUUGGCAUUUAUCCUCCGACACACUGAAUGUAGGCCUAGAAUUCUGUCUUUUAAUGUUGAAGCCUUUGUCCCAGUUCAAGUAAAGAUUAGCCAGUCCGUCAACAGCCGUGCGUGUUACCUGCACCAUAACGUUGUUGCCUUUUCUCGCCUGCCUCUGACUUACUGACCGCUCCCCUCCGUUUCCAGAGUAGGCCAACAUGUUGACAAGAAACACUAACUGGUUCGUGAAGUGAAUCCAAGUUGUAAUGAUGAAAUGCGAUACGCAGGUUUAUUUCUUUCUUGUGUGUGAUUUGUCGAGAAUUUUUUGGGGACGUGAUAAGCUUUUUCCUUUAACAGAAAAAAAAUGGAUUGUCUGGAAUCGGCUUGUUAAACAAGAAUUGUGGUGUAAAAAAAAAUUUGUACCGGGGCUGUUCUGUUGAGGAGUGAUCCAUGAGAUCAAUCUUUCCCCCUCCCCACCCGGUCCAACCGGGAGUCCUGGAAAAUUUGAAGUUGAUGCAUUUUGGACUGCACUGUUGAACCACUGUCUCCUUAUUUAUGGUGUAGUGUUGGAGCCAAGGGCUUAGGUGAAGUUUUUUCUUUGUUUGUCUUUUUUUUUUUGGCAUUUUGUAUGAUGAACUCCGCAUGCCCAGAUUUUGUAAAUAUCUAUUUCAACAUUUUAAUUCCUUGAGGUUUGUUUGACUCUUCUGCAUGGGACUAGAAAGGGAACUCAAAGGGGCAAUAUCUGGUUAGCUGAAAAUCAGGCUAUAAGGGUUUUUGGCACCGAGAAAAGGAAACAAGGCACACCAACUGUGCAACUCGGAAAAGAUUAGAGCUUAGUGGUUGAAUGGAAGUCCUGAGGUUUUGAGAUUUCACCAAAAAGAUUCAGAAAAGUUUUUUUGUAAUGUAUUUUAAGCAUUUGGAAAUAGUUUAUUUUAAAUCUCUGCACUUUUACAGAAGUCCGAGUCGGCUGUUGGAAUUGUCUCCGGAGUGUGAUGAAAGUGAUGAAAAUAGCUAAGCGGCCCACCCGCACCCUCAAUAUCUGCCCCACCCACCCUCUGUCAGUAAUGUUCAGUAGGUUAGGUACCUCCGUGUUUAAUCAAGUGUUUUUCCCUGUUUUAUGUAAGCCUCCAGGUACCAUCCGGUAUUCAUUGUAUUUACUCUUGACUGUAAACCUUCAAAUCAUGACCUGCAAUUCUAUCUAGUUGGCUCCAGUGCCGCUCGGCAAUGUUAACUUUCACACCGUAUAUUAGACUUGUCUCUUUGUGAUUUUAUUCUCAGCUUCAGAUGUAAAUAACCAUAGAAUAUAAACUAUUUUACUGAGUUGCUACUUCACAUACCCAGUUAUUUAAAAUUGCCCUAAGCAAAAUUAGGGGGAAAAUCAGAAAAGGUGUAUGCCGUGUUGCCCAAGAUACAUUAGGCUUCAUUUUUGAUGGACAGCAGUGUUUUGGUUUGUCAGUAAUUCUGUUUCACCAUUUAGUGAUAUCACUUGACAAUUCUGUUCAUUUUUUACCAUACCAACAAACUGCAAGCAAUGAACCAUUAUGUGAGUGUGAAUGCACUAACUUGCGAAAUCCUGAAGCAGAAAUAUGACCGUUUUCCCAAAGCCAAGCUGAUGGUCACCACAUUUCUUGGCACUGGAAAAUUGUGGUGACCUUUUUUUUGUGAUAAGCAAUUAUCUUUUCUGUUUGAUCCUCUUCCUUUCCUGCUUUCUCAAGAGGGUCAUAUUUUCAAGCCAACUCCUUCUGUCCCCUGACAGCCCAUGUCCACAGACGAGUAGUGAUAGAAACCCUGCAACAGAAAAGGGUAUGCCUCGCGACAUCUGCAUGCACUUGCAAGAUGGAAACGUGUCCUGUGUGCAAAUCAUUAUGUUAAUGACAUCACCACAGUAACAGUAGCACCUCAGAAGAAUCCAAGGUAUGAUGGGAAGCACUCAACCCAGCUAGCCAGUCUAGCCAUCAUACCCAAGACCACUGAUAAGUUGGAAUGGACAGUCCCAUUACGGUAUGGAGAAAUUGCUCAAGUCCCUAGUAGUUUGUCACCCUACCGUUUAAUUUGUUCGCUCUCAGUAUAAACAGUUCCUUAGGAAGCCACGGUGGUCUGUGUUCUUACCAAGGGGCUUCUUUUACAGCUUACAUGUGUAAAUGGGCUCUCAAAAGGUUUGUGACCAUCAGUCGAUGUUGAUUUGUCUGUAGAGUGAAUAUGGGAGCUUUUUAGCUUUUUUGUGGAGGUGUGCAUUAUGAAGCCUUCUGACACAGAAACCCGGCAGUGAAUCAUCCACCCUUUGUCCACUGUCUUGACAGAAUCCCAUCUGCCAAACUCACCUAAACUUGAUAUUUUUGUAAGAACUUCAUGUGAAAAAAAGGGGUGUUUACUAUAAUAAGACUGGUGUGGAUAUUCUGGUGGAUUCUUUGUGGGUUAAAAAAACAGCAGUCAGUGCCAUGUGUACAUAAUUAAGGAGUCAUUUCUCCACUUGUAUAAAAAUGAAAACAUUUUAGCAUGCAGUUUAAUGGUGAAAAUCCGAAAAGAAACUUCACGGAAUGCACGCGUAAUUUUUUUAAUGUAUGUAAUUUUUCUUUCAUUAAAAGCAACGAUGAAAUGUGAGGAAUCUCUCAGUAUGACAAUAUUUGAUCUUAGACAGAAAUGCAUAGGAGGCAUUUGUUUUGAGUGGAUUGUUCUGUAUCAGUGAAUAUUCAUCAUUCAGAACUUGCUACAGUAUUUGAUUGGUGGUGGGCUUAGAGCUCAUUAUGUAAAUUUUAUAUGCAUAUGUAUUGAUAAGAUGUAACUAUUUAAUUUUAUCCUUUGCUGUUGAAUGACCACCUGAUGUCAUGCAAAAUGUAUGAUAGCAGGUUGCAUCCCUUUUCAUGUGUAAAUGUUGUGAAAAAAAUAAGCAAAACACAAAUGCGAAAAAAAAGGGCUAUAUUUACACAGAAAAGAGUGAAAUUUGAACUGAUUUUGUUUGAAAGUCUAGGUUGUGUAAUAUAGUUGAAAUAAAUGAUUUUUUUUU